AUUCUCUCACGGAGUCCCUCGGCGCAUAGUUUGAUCACAAAGUGUGCAUACAUCAAGUUCAUCUCCAUCAGCGCUUGCAAGUGUCUCCGACUUCUCCCGAAUGUGAUUACACUUUUCGUUUGAGUCGAGAGGACCAGUGCGUUCUCCUUUCUGGAAUUUCGAGCCCUUAUCUAGGUGACCAGGCGAGAACGAGAUGGCCAGCUCGACUGCCUUGUGGAGUGCACCAGCUUUCAAUAGAACGAAUAUCAGGGAUGGCAUGCAAGCGAAAAGAAGUUGUUCGUCCCACCUUCUUCCAACUUGGACGCCCGGGGUUCAUGUGCCAUUCUCCAAACACCAGCUUACCGCAGCCGUGGCCCCAAACAAAGAGAUACGAGGAUUUUCAGAGAGGUUUUUGGGCUUUGAACGGAAUGCCUCUUCUUUCAGAGCUUCGAAGUCGAGCCACCUUCGAGCAUAUGGGACUGAUGAUUCCACUUAUGAGACCAAGGGGUUGGCAACGCUGGAGAAAGAACUACCAUCCCAAACCUCUGUUGCAAUGCAGAAAGAUAUGGAAUCGUGGAUUGAAGAGAUUCGAGAGAUGUUUCGAACCUUGGAUUGGGGAGAGGAAAGCCCUUCACCGUAUGACACGGCAUGGAUUUGUCUUAUACCAGCUGUUGACGGUAGCGAAGGCCCUCAGUUUCCAAAGAGCCUGCAGUGGAUAGUAGAAAACCAGUUCGAGGAUGGGUCUUGGGGACUUCCAGACUUUUUCAGAGUCUCCAACAAUGUACUCAACACAUUAGCCUGCCUCAUCGCACUAAAGAAGUGGAACAUUGCCCCUGACUCGAUUACAAGAGGUGAAAACUUUCUGCGGAAGAACAUGGACCAAAUGGAAGAUGAUCCAGAAAGGACUUGUGGUUUCGAGCUUGUCUUUCCCGCACUUAUAGACGAUGCAAAGCAGCUGGAUCUGGACCUUCCUUACCAUCUAGAAUUCAUCGAGCAAAUGAGAGCAACAAAGGCGAAGAAACUCCAGAAACUUCCCCUCGAUGUCGUGCACAAAAUCAAAACAACGAUAUUAUUCUCUUUAGAGGGAGUUCGAGACAUCGUCGACUGGGAACAGAUCCAAAACCUGCAGUCGGAAAACGGAAGCUUCUUGGGAUCCGUUGCAUCCACUGCGUGUGCUUACCUGCGCACUGGAAAUAAGAGAUGCCUUGACUUUCUGACAGCGGUAUUGGCGAAAAACAACGAUACAGCUCCGACGGCUUAUCCCGUCGACAUUUUUGAGCCAUGUUGGAUGGUCGAUAGACUUCAGCGCCUCGGACUCGCCCGAUACUUCGAAUCUGAAAUCGACGCCUGCAUGCAAUUCGUUUACAAUCAAUUCAGCCAGGAGAAUGGACGUGUAGGGUGGAUGGCAGCUAAAGGCGCUUACACUGACAUGGAUGACACGGCCAUGGCCUUUCGCCUGCUGCGUCUGCAUGGCUUCGACGUGAACUCGACCGACAGUUUCGAGUGGUAUAGAACUCCAGAGGGAGGGUGGUGCUGUUUGCCAGGCGAGUUGAGCUUAGGUACGACCAACCUUUUCAGCUUCUUCAGAGCCUGUGAAACCGGCUUCCCGGAGGAGGCGGACCUGAUCGAGGGGCUUGCAUGGACAAGGAAGCUUCUUCUGGACAGGUUCAAGAAGAACGACUUGAGGGAUAAGUACGUCAUAUCCAAGACCUUGGCUUCAGAGGUUGCCACUGCGCUUGCGAAUCCUUGGUCGCAAACAAUGCCUCGUAUGGAACACAGAGCGUAUAUCGAUAAUUACGGAACGGACGACGUAUGGAUUGGCAAGGUCCUCUAUAGAUUGCCUAAAAUAAAUAACACCACCUUUCUGAAGUUAGCCAAAGCUGACUUCAACAUGUGCCAGAAGAAACACCAGGAAGAACUGAAGGGUCUGCUGAGAUGGAAUCGAGAACUCGUGUUCAAAAGCGAACGUUGUGCAGACGACAAGACCUUGAUUAUCUGCUUUUUCGCUGGAGCUGGUUGUCUUCCGGCUCCGCAACUUAGUCUGGCCAGAAGAGCAUUUACGCAGCUGUGCCUCCUCACCGUUCUACUCGACGACUUUUUCGAUUCGACAGAAGAGUCCCUCGCCGCUAAGGCCCAGUUUGUUGCAGCUUGCAGAUCGAGGGAUCCGAAGCUGAUGGACGGAGCGGGCAGCAAUGCACAGCUAUUAUUUGAGUCCAUGUACAGUAUUCUCAGUGAUGUAAUUGUGGACGGCAGCUUCCUGCAAGGUCGGGACAUCAGUCAAGCAGUUUACGACGCCUGGUUCAGGCUCGUGGAGUGCCAUUUGAAACAAGCCGAAUGGAAAGAUCCGAAUAUUCAACCCUCGCUGGAGGAGUACUUGGAGGUUGCAGGAGUUUCAAUAUCGAUGGAGGCGGUGGCAUCGGUUGUUCAGUACUUCCUCGGGGAGAACAUCACUGAGGAGAUGAGCCAGAGUCCACACACGAAGAGACUGACCAAAUUAAUGAAUACGAUCACGAGACAUACUAACGACAUGGCAACUUUCCAGAAAGAAAAACUCGAGAACACACAGAACCUUGUGUCCAUAUCCACACGAGAUGGUGCGACGCACUCGCAGGUCCUUGAAUCGUUUCGUAACCUGGUGGACGACCAAAUGAGGCAGCUUGUGAAGGAGGUUUUGUGCCCUUCUGAGACUGACGGAGUCCUUCCCAAAGCCGCCAGGCACUUCUACUUCGAUUUUGUCAGAGCAACUAUGUACUCUUACUCGGCAGACUUACUCCUUACUUCGGAGGUGUCUGAAAGAGAUGGCAUCGCUUGGCCCGCAUUCGAGUUACACGAUAUGGCCCGCAAAAUGCAAUUUGUCAAUCGCAUUUUAUUCGAACCCGUGCUCUAUUGAAUAUAAUUGCCUCUCUCGAACUCUCGACUUGGCUUAGCGCCAUGUUGAACUACCAUAUUCUCCAUGAAGUCGCGUCAAUCACGUAGAGCAGGGCUGAGGGCGUGGCUGUCGUACAGCUAAUAUGAUUUACAGGGCUUGAGAAAGUGGAUUAAUUACAGAGUUUGAGCAGUUCUGCGGCCUAUAAAAUAUGCGAACAUGCAAGGUUGGCGACGAAAUUUUCAAAACUGUUGUGUGAAUAAAUGCCACCAUUUGCAAACGCUUGAGAAACAAAAAGUACUGAUUUUGAUUCAUUCAUGGCCAACUUCUUGAACAUGGA